AUGCCAUUCCCUAGAAUCCUGAGGCUUCAAGAUGACAAAUGGAAUAAUCCUGAAGACUCUAUAGGGACUUUCAUCGGAUACCUGCGUGGUGGCCGGUAUCGCUGCUGGGAAGCAGCUGGUCCGGCUCGUCAGGCGUUCAGGGAAUUGAGCCCAGAUAUCAAAGAUUUUCUUGAGACUUCCGGUAUACCUCCUUCUGAUGUUGUGUCGUGGUCUAUCUAUAUGAUCGGGCAUAACGAAAGCAACGCAGCACCAAAGCUCUUGAUUUGCUCCACGGAUGCGAAGACGCGCAAGAAUAUCAGGCAACUCAUCAAAGACAGUAAGAUUAUGGACAAAUACCCCGGCAUAGGAAUCGGGGACGUUUCGGCACUUCCUGACCGCCCUGUCAUUAAAGAGCUAUCACGAGAGGCUAUCGAGGCUCUCCUCCCUUUUGGUUGUGAUGUCGAUGGAGCAGUUGUGGCCGACGGAUCAGAACCGGCAUUGGGGAAGCGAAUAUUCAUCGUCAACCCAAAUGACUUCUCCUUACGCCCAGCAACAACCGGCCCGAUCAUCUUACAAGAUGACAGGUGCUACCAGCUAACUGUUGCGCACGUAUUCCGACACAAGAGGGAGCUCGACCGUUUAUCCAGCCAACAAAUGGCUGAAGAUGACUGCGAUUUUGAGGGCAUGAGUGACGAUGAAGGAGAUGAAGAAAACCAACGUGAUGAAAUUACAAGCAAAGGAAGUGCAACAUCGGGAGAGAUUGAUUCCGACAAAGCAUCAUUCGAGGCCAGCCUCGAUGCUUUCUCUCUUGACAAACACCCGAGUUCCAGUUCCGAAGGGCUCUCGAGCGAUCACUUAGAUAGCGGAAACGAUCCACCGCUGAGUGUCGAGGCCCCAGAGGAGAAUCCUGGUUUCGGUGAAAUUGAUGUAUCUCAGCUUCAAUUCUUUGGAAGAUUAGUCUUGAGCUCCCUAACUGGAAGUAAUCCAUCGCUAGAUUACGCUCUCAUUGAGACCUCAAGGAUACCAGAAGACGCGCAGAAGUCGUCCACGGUCACAGACUCUGUGGUCUCGAAUAUUGGCGAGAUAGAGUCAGACGACAUCAGAAUUGUUGCUAUGCUAUGGCCAUAUUGCACAGUCGAAGGCCGACUAACUGCCACGCCGUCCUAUAUUCGCCUUCCUGGACAGCGUACCUUUCAAGAAGUCUACCCCAUACGACUAGUUAAGCCUUUGCGUGAUGGAGAUUGCGGUGCCGCAGUCUAUGUCAAAGCCGAUAACCGCUUUUAUGGUCACAUAGUUGCCGGGGGCCCUGGGACUAGCAUCGCCUACGUUGUUCUAGCUGGGGAGAUUUCCAGAGAUAUUCAGGCUCGCUCUGGUUUUGGUCUUAUAUGGAUGCCGCAGCAAGAGGGGCAACAACAACACUCAGAGAAUAAUUUGCAGCGCAGUACAGGAUCACACCCUGACUCAACCGCCUCCGAGGUAUCGUCGAUCAGACACCUUGGUACUUGGGAACCGGAAGAGCCACAAGGUGGCUGGCAUCUUAGGUCCAUUGAGGUCCAGAAAAAACCCAACUCUCAGCUAUCCCAAAGCACGUUCAUCAAUUCCCGACCUGUGCCCGAACACAAGACAGGAUACCAUUACAGUGGAAAGAAUGACGAGGGAAAGCUCGCAGACUCACAGCCCCCUCUGGACUGGUCAACUAUUCCAGGCGCUUCCUCAGGACCUCAAACACGCAGGAAAAACACAGGACCAACUGCUUCCCUAGGACAACAGUUUCGUUGGCCCCGAACUAUCACAUACGCUUCUCCUGCUUCAGGUAAACUGCCUGAGCGCCAAACCAGCCAUUCAGCAGACAGUAGCAAGUACCUAUUACCAGGAAGAAUCAGAUCCGGUUAUAUGAGUCACUUUUUGAGUCACACGUCACCAGCUACUAUCCACCCAGCAGAGUUAACUGCAGGCCUCUCACUGGAGGCGUCCGUUGAUACAGCACAGGGGGUUCGACGCCGGACCCGUAAUCUUUCGCCUUCGCUUUCUCAUAGCGAGCCAAGCUCAUCAGGUGCACAGCGCGAUGAGGUAGCAAGUUGCCUCAUACGCAUAUCAGUUCUACCUCGAGAAUUCGAAGAUGCUUGCGAAACCUGCAUCUUCUGGUUACUCUCCCCGGAGAAAUUCUCAUCAACAGAGUGGCAGGAAUGUCGCAGCCGCAAAGAGGGAAUCUCCCAUAUUAUCUCGCAUGCCAUCGCUCACCACGGGCUCAUUCGUGGACGUGACCCUCAGUAUCCAGCUCGCAAAUACUUAGCAAGCUGCCAGAGCUCUGAUCCAUUUGUGAAUAUGAAAGGCGACUGCGUGAAAUGCGGUUCCUUGUCUGAAUGGAAUGAGGCAGACUUUGCGGACUUUACGCACCAUGGUGUUGUUCUUUGUUUGCGUUGCUGGCAAAGGUUCGACAAGAAGGAAAUGAACGAGCAUCUGGCUGGACCCUUGUGUGACUUCAGCGCGGAACAUCCAAAAGCCAAGAAAGUAUGGAUUUUGUACACCGCAUUUUGCUCUGAAACUCUGAUGCCCAGCAAGCCACCCGAAAGCGUGGCGCAGCAAGAAUCGCCCUAUCAGCGUUAUCCGCGAGAACUUCGUAAACGUCGACAACAAGAACUGAAGCCCAAAGGCGAGAUAUCACCCUAUCAGAAGGCUGCUAUGGAGAGGAACACAGACUAUAGGAGUGCUGACGGGAGAUAUAUGUGA